CCCCUCGCCCUAUAAAGAACCCCUCGUCCACCCCGAUAAAUGACCCUCUUCCGCUCCCAUCUCCGGUUUCUCUUCAAACCACGAUUCCUCUACUUCCAAUCUCCCACAGGACAGUCCAGUCGGCCGUUUUCUACCUCUCAGAUACUCCGCACUGCUCUCGACAUGCCUCCGCCACCAGUUGACACCACCCAGCGCCUCGCAAAGCUGCGAGAGCUGAUGAAGCAAAACAAAGUCGAUGUAUAUAUUGUGCCGUCGGAAGAUAGCCAUCAGUCAGAGUACAUUGCUCCAUGUGACGGCCGUCGAGCUUUCAUAUCCGGUUUCACUGGUUCCGCAGGAUGUGCCAUCGUCUCCAUGAGUAAAGCUGCUCUGUCGACAGAUGGUAGAUACUUCAGUCAGGCCGCAAAGCAGCUCGAUGCCAACUGGAAACUGCUGAAGCGAGGCGUCGAGGGCGUUCCAACUUGGGAAGAAUGGACUGCUGAGCAGGCUGAGAACGGUAAAGUUGUUGGUGUCGACCCGUCCCUCAUCACAGCAGCGGAUGCAAGAAAGCUAUCUCAGACAUUGAAGGCCACUGGAGGCUCCCUGGUUGGAAUUGACCAGAACCUGAUUGAUAUUGUCUGGGGUGAUGAACGUCCAGCACGGCCUGUAACAACAAUCACCGUCCAGCCAGUCGAGCUUGCAGGGAAGCCGUUCGAGGAGAAGGUGGAAGCCUUACGAAAGGAAUUGGCUACAAAGAAGAGAUCUGCUAUGGUGAUAUCGGCAGAGAUCUAUGUAGACGACAGCAGGCUGUCUCCUGAGGCCAGGAAGCAACUCGAAGGCAAGGUUGUUCUCAAGCCAUACGACGCUAUCUUCCAGGCCUCCAAAGUUCUCGCUGAAUCAAAGGCAUCAGCCAGUGACGGUGCCGCCUCUGGCAAGUUCCUGUUAUCCAACAAAGCUUCCUGGUCUCUGAGCCUUGCACUCGGAGGCGAGCAAAACGUUGAUGAAGUCCGAAGUCCCAUCACUGAUGCAAAGGCCAUCAAGAAUGACGUUGAGCUGGAAGGUUUCAGGAAGUGCCAUAUCCGUGACGGCGCUGCUUUGAUCGAGUACUUCGCCUGGCUAGAGAACGCCUUGAUCAAGGAAGGCGCCAAGCUGGAUGAAGUAGAUGGAGCUGACAAGCUCUAUGAAAUCCGCAAGAAGUAUGACCUCUUCGUUGGAAACUCCUUCGACACUAUUUCGUCCACCGGGGCCAACGGUGCUAUAAUUCACUACAAGCCCGAGAAGUCAACUUGCUCUGUCAUAGACCCGAAGGCCAUGUACCUGUGUGACUCUGGUGGUCAAUACAAGGACGGAACCACCGAUACCACUAGAACCCUUCACUUUGGCGAACCCACUGAAUUCCAGAAGAAGGCCUAUGCACUCGUCCUCAAGGGACACAUCAGCAUAGACAAUGCCAUCUUCCCCAAGGGAACCACUGGGUAUGCCAUUGAUUCCUUCGCACGACAGCAUUUGUGGAGGGAGGGUCUGGAUUACCUCCACGGCACCGGACACGGUGUCGGAUCGUUCCUGAACGUCCACGAAGGGCCCAUGGGGAUUGGAAGCCGUGCUCAGUACGCUGAAGUCCCACUGUCCGCCAAAAAUGUCCUUUCCAACGAGCCUGGAUAUUAUGAAGACGGCAACUUUGGUAUUCGUCUUGAGAACCUUGUAAUCUGCAAGGAAGUUGAGACAACUCAUAAAUUCGGUGACAAGCCUUUCCUUGGUUUUGAAUACAUCACUAUGGUGCCCUUCUGCCAGAAACUGCUUGAUGCUUCUCUCCUCACCGAAGCCGAAAGGAAGUGGGUGAACGACUACCACGCGAAGGUUUGGGAGAAAACCAGCCCUUUCUUCGAGAAGGACGAGUUGACAUUGAACUGGCUGAAGCGCGAAACCCAGCCUAUUUAA